CUAGACCACCCUAGAGGAGGGUAGGGAAAGGGGUUCUGGGCAGAAGGUAAGCCAAAGUCCUGUUAUGAACUUGGCCUAAAAACAGGACUGUAAGGCAUUCAGUGGGUGGUCAGUGACUUCCAUGAGCUCUGAACUAUUUGGCAGGACUGAAGGACAGGGAUCUUGGGAAGAGCAACUGAAAAAGAAGAGAGAAGAAUUCCAGGACAUACAGCGUCAUGAGGUGGUCAUGGAGUUACCUGGUGCUGGGGGCUCUGCUGGGCACAGCCUGUGGAGUGCUGCUGGCCCUGCUCCUGGAGGUUAAGCUGAGCUCCCUGAAACCUCCAGAACUCCAACUUCACCUUAAGUCCAAGAGCUCCCUGAUGCCCCUGAUCUCCUUGGCCCCAGAUGCCCUCAACGUCCCCAUGGAGAGAUUCUCAGAACAAUGUUUGACCCCCAGCAUGGCAGUGGUGAAAUAUCCCUAUUCUUACCCCUUCCUGAUCAACCACCCAGACAAGUGUCAGGGUAAGACUGCCCCUUUCCUGCUUAUAUUGGUGAUGACUCAGCCUCAGGACAUUGAGGCCCGGGAGGCUAUCCGGACCACCUGGGGGGAGGAAGCCAUCGUGCCCGGGGUGACCAUCCGUCGGCUCUUUGUGCUUGGUCUGUUCCCAUCGCACUUACACAGACAACUUCAGUACCAACUAGAGAAAGAGAAUGCUGAAAACCAGGACCUGCUCCAAGUAGGCUUCCUAGAUACAUAUAGCAACCUGACUCUCAAGACCCUGAUGGGGCUGGAGUGGGUGGCCCGCUACUGCCAGACUGCCCAGUAUGUGCUCAAGGUAGAUGGCGAUGUAUUCCUGAACCCUGGCUUCCUGGUGCAUCAGGUGCUUCAUCCUGAGGGGCCCCCGCGUCCAGCCUUCAUCACUGGCUACAUCUACAAGAACAGGAUGCCCAUGAGGAAGCCGUGCCACAAGUGGUACAUGCCCCGAGAGGCGUUUCCUGGAACCAUCUACCCACCUUACUGCGCUGGGGCUGGUUACGUGAUGUCUGGCUGCCUUGCCCUGAAAGUCCUGGCUGCGGCCCAGAAAAUCAAGGCAAUCUAUCUGGAGGAUGUGUUUGUGGGGUUGUGUCUGCAGAGUCUGAAGGUGAAACCUACUCCCAGCCCUGUGAGUAUCUUCCAGGUCUUUGGGAGGAAAUAUGAACGCUGUGAUUUCAACCAGCUUGCAAUCGUCCAUCCCAUCAAGCCUGUGGACCUGCUCUGGAUCUGGGCAGACUUUCAAAAAGCCACCACCACCUGCCCUCCCAGUUAGGUUCUAGCAUAGGGACCCUACAACUCUCCCUUUCCUUCCAGUCUUUUCCACAGCAAAGACCCACUUCCCAGUUGCUGCUUCAAUAAACAAACAUUUA